GGGAGGUCCUUGUUUGAAGUCCUUGUUUGAACUUGCAUGGUAUACGACAAGAACACUCGGCAUUCGAAUCGUCUCAGAAAAACGAGCCUGGAUAUCAUUCACUGAUCCUGCUACAAAGUUUUGCGAUCACAACUGGAAUUUGCAUAUCAUCAAAAUCAUCCUUGUAACGAUAUCGAUAUCAACCAUGCCUUACAGUAUUUGUUUCGUCAAGACUUGUAUAAGGUUUACUGGUGAUUUACUGCGAUCACGACUAUGAUGGCUGUAUUUUUGCGUGUAGGAAUACUUUUUCGCGCCAGUGUGGAUCAGGUUAGUACGUAUUCUAUUCACUUAAACCACUAUUGUUCUUCGCUACUCGCAGAUCUGUAUGCUUCAUCUAGCUUUCCAUAUAUCCAGGCUGUACAUGAUGUAAGAUCAUGACGGAGAACUGAUGUCUAUGAAUAUAGGCGAGGAAUAAGGGGAAUUGGAAAUAUCAAGACAUCGUGACAACAUGUUGAUGGAUAACAAAGAAAGAUCUUUACAGCCCCAACAAACCAGUGUUUUCUAUUACAUAUGCCACGGGAGGCUGGAACUGCAUUAGAUCCCGGGCUUAUAGAUGGAGCGGUAUUUAAAGUGCAUAUUCUAUGGCAUUUACCUCGUCACUCUGGUUCAGUGUCUUUUUGCUCUCUUGUGGUCUGAUUCAAAGCAGGCAAUGGAGCCAAAAAUCAGAUGGCGUCUACUCGUGGUGGCAAUUCUGCUGUUUAUUAUUGCUACUCUUGACAUUGCCUGUAGCCUCCGGUUCAAUAUUGUAGCUAUCGUCUACUACACUGGUCCUGGUGGACCCGCUGCACUCGAAGGCGACUGGCUUAAUAUAAUGAAGUCGGUAAACUAUGUAAUGCAAACAUGGAUAGGCGGCGCACUGCUGAUUUAUCGCUGCUAUCUUGUAUACGAGAAAAACUGGAGGAUAAUCAUUCCUGCAUCUGUAUUGUGGUUAGCUAGCUGUGCGUGUGGCAUCGCAGCCGGAAUUGGAAUAUUCAAUAGCCCCACCCUUCUUUAUGGGCGUCAAAUCCAGCCAUACGUCACUUCUGUACUUAGUCUAACCGUGGGCAUGAAUAUCAUCACUGCCUCUUUAAUAGCGUACCGUAUGUGGACUAUCGACAAACAGGUAGCAAAAAGAAUCCACAUUAGCCCCACAUCCCUCCGACUCUUACGCCAUAGACAGAUUCUUCAAAUAGUCGUCGAAUCUGCUGCUUUUUACACACUCACCGUCGUUGUCUUUAUAUGUAUAUAUUCGUCUCAGAGCAAUGCUUAUGUCGUGGCAGGAGAUAGUCUCGUUCAAAUUCAGCACGCGUCCAGGUAUAAAUUUGAAAUUGCUACGGAGUACCGCGAAUAAACCUGUGGACAUCGAAAGUCACGCUGUUGUUAGGUUAUAAUCUGGACAUUCUUCUAUGCACUUACAAUC